AUGUCAGAACCGGAAUCUGCUACCGCCGCUAUGGGAAUCGGUAGCGUACUCAACACUAAGGGCGCCCAGGCUAGUGCCGCUCUAGCACAGGCGGCUCAGGCGGCUCAGGUCGCGCAACCGACACAGCAGCUUGAACAAUCUGCUCCUGUUCCCCAACUAGCUACACCUGAACAGCAACCCUCGCAACCGCUCACACAACAGCAACCUAUGGAGCGUGCCAGCUCGCCGCACGCUUCCGUGAAAUUCGAACCCAGCAUGUCCUACCCUUCGCCGACCGGAAUGGGAACCGCAAUGCCCGUUUCCACUGUUCCUAGCACACACAUGGCCCCAGGUGGACAAAUGGCUUCCAAUGCGCAGAUGGUUCCCAAUAAUCAGAUGGCUCCCAAUGCCCAGAUGGCUCCCAAUGCCCAAAUGGGUCCCAAUCUCCAGAUGGCGCCCAAUUCACAAAUGACUCCUAAUGCUCAGAUGGCUCCCAGCGGACAGAUGGCUUCUAGUGCUCAAAUGGCUCCCAAUGCUCAAAUGGCGCCUGCACCGAUGGGCAUUCCUGCUAUGCCUACUGUACCAGGCGUCCCGUCAAACAACGGAAUGGUACCUUCUCUUCACCCUUCUUACAAGCCUCAGGUCGAGGGAGGUGCGCCACCAGGACCGCCCCCCAAGGCCUACGCGUGUUCCACCUGCGCCAAGGCUUUUGCACGGAGAAGUGAUCUUGCUCGUCACGAGCGAAUUCAUAGCGGUAUUCGUCCUCACGUGUGUGAUUAUCCUGGUUGCGGGAAACAGUUCAUCCAACGAUCAGCCCUCACCGUCCAUCAGCGCGUGCACACUGGAGAGAAGCCCCACCAAUGCGAGAGGUGCGGCAAGCCCUUCAGCGACAGCAGUUCUCUUGCGCGUCAUCGUAGGAUCCAUUCCGGAAAGCGUCCUUACAAGUGCCCAUACAUGGAUUGCCAGAAAACAUUCACCCGCCGGACGACACUGACGAGGCACCAGAAUCAUCAUACUGGCACUGUUGAGGAAUCUGCAAAGGCUACGGCAGAAGCUCUUGCUAGGGGAACGUUGGCACGGACUAAGGAGCGAUCGGAGAGCGAGCAGAUCUCCAAUCAAGCGACACCCAUGACCACUCCCUCACCGGCACAGCGGCCCUUGUCCUUGUCACCAAGUGCGGGAUUGGCCAACAUGGAGAUGCAGUAUCUGCAAACCAAUACACUCCCGGCGCAUCUUCGUGGGGACGUUCACGUUUCCAAUGCACCAACGACCUCGCCAGGUUACAGCAACGGACUGACCCGACCCACGUCGCACCCUACCGGGUAUGUUCCUCCCGCAACAAUGGAGCCAACCGUCGAAACUCAACAAGGAUCCGGGAGUGCGGCCGGCAGUCCUCAGAUUGGAAGUGCGGGUUGGGCGUCUCCUGGGGGUGUCGGAUCUCCAGCUCAAAGCCCCAGCGGUAACGGCUAUGUCUAUCCGGAUCCAGAACCUUUUCCUGGCGCCAGUGCCGGUCAGAUGUUCUACGACAGCGCGGUUGGGACUGGGAGACGUCUCGGGAGCGGGGAGCCGCAGAACCCUUCCUAUCAUACUUAG